AUGGCCAUCAUCCUACGUGAAGUAGCUACAAACACAUUUUUUAUGUGCUAUUAUGUUUUACUGUUUUUUGUUUCAUCGAAUACACAUUACUUAGUUGAUGGAGCACCACAAGUUCCUUGUUACUUCAUAUUUGGAGACUCAUUAUCUGAUAGUGGAAAUAACAAUUGGCUUCUAACAUUGGCCAAAGUCAAUUAUCGUCCAUAUGGCAUUGAUUUUCCACAAGGUCCAACUGGAAGAUUUUGCAAUGGAAGAAAUUUAGUCGAUAUUAUUGCUGAACUACUAGGUUUUGUUGAUUACAUUCCCCCUUUCGCGAAUCCAGUAAGAGGAGAUAUAAGAAAAGGAGUAAAUUAUGCAUCUGGUGCAGCAGGUAUCCGUGACGAAUCUGGACGUAACCAGGGAAUGAGAAUACCCUUGAAUAAACAAUUGAAAAAUCACCAAAGUAUAGUCAAAACGCUCAUUGCCUUAAAGGGAAAUAAUGGUGAAGGUCAUCUAAGCAAGUGCAUAUAUUCAGUUGGAAUAGGCAGCAAUGAUUACAUUAACAACUAUUUCAUGCCAAGACUCUAUAGAACUAGUCAAUUAUAUACUCCAGAGCAAUAUGCAGAUGUUCUUAUUCAACAGUACUCUCAACAACUACGGACCCUUUACAACUCUGGGGCAAGGAAGGUAGUCAUUUUUGGACUAGGUAUGAUAGGCUCUACACCCUUUCAAGUGGCAAUGUGUGGCACAAGCGGUAGCGUAUGCGUCGAUAACAUCAACAAUGCUGCCCAAAUUUUCAAUGCAAAGCUCAAAUCACUUGUCACUGACCUUAACACAAAUCUCACAAAUGCUAAGUUUAUAUACAUAGAUUAUUAUGGAAUUGGACAAUCUGGUGCUGCUUCCUCUCCUCCUGGUUCUGUGAAUUUCACAGCACCAUGUUGUGAAGUUGAAAAGAAUAGUACGACAGGGCUAUGUACUCCGUUCAAAACCCCAUGCCAGAACAGAACUAUAUACGCAUUUUGGGAUGCUAUCCAUCCUACUGAGAUUUCAAAUCUUGCUAUUGCAGCAAGAGCAUAUAAUUCUACACAAUCUACCGACGCUUUUCCAUAUGAUAUUAGUCAUUUAGCUAAAUUAUAA